AUGUCCUUUGCCAAGCGCAUGUCGCGGCAGUCCACCACAUCACGGGCGAAUCAGCUUGACUGCGACCGGCAAAAAGUGCAGAAGUGGGUUCUAGAGACGGCGGGAGAACUCGAGCGAGAGUGUGAACAGGCAAGUCGCAAUGCCAGCUUCUCCGCAAGUAUCAAGGUGGAAUACAUGACAGUCUUGAACUCCCUGCAGCAACUCCCACGGGACUGGGAGACGUUGUCUCAAGCUCUGCAGCGGGGCUUGAAAGCGCAUGGCUUCAGCAAACUGACUAUCAAAAGCGUAACGUGGAACAAACUCUCCGUUCGUGCAGAAUGGGACGAGACUUCUUCAGAAGACAGUGAAGACGGUCCAUGUUCUGGCGGAGCUGACUGCCACCGGGCCGGGCGCGUGGAUACCUGCGGCAUUUGCGAUGAAGAUCGCUCCUUGGUAGCACUGGCCCCCUGCGGGCAUGUGCUAUGCAAGGAAUGCGGACAGCAACUGCGCCAUCGCCAGUGUCCGUUUUGCCGGCAGCCUGUGCAAUGCGCAACACGCGGACUCUUCAUGGAUUGA